AUGAUCCCUGAAUUCCUCUGCCUCCUCUGCUUUGGGCUGAGUGCUGGCCAAGGAAGCAGGGGGACUGACGAGUCCCUUCCCAAGCCCUCCCUCAGGGCCUGGCCCAGCUCGGUGAUGCCUCGCUGGAGUAACGUGACGCUGCAAUGCCAGACUUCUACCAAGAAUGUCAACUUUGUUCUCAGAAAGGGAAAAGUUCCUUUGGAGUCUGUGCAAUCAUGGAUUUCCACAGGUGGGCCGGCUGAAUUUCACCUCACUGACCUAAAAACCAACAGCGCUGGAGAGUACACCUGUGACUACUACAGACGGGGGCCCCCAUACACACGUUCACAGCCUAGUGACAUCCUCCUACUACUGGUGACAGGAGAUUUACCUAAACCUUCCCUGCAAGCCCACCAAAGGGGUGAGGUGACUGCAGGAGACACCGUGACCCUGCAGUGCCAGAGGCCAGACAAUAUUUUUGUGCCUGUAAUGUUCGCUCUACUGAAGGCGGGAACGGCAGGGCCCAUACGGGUCCAGAGUCCAGCAGGGAAGGAGACAGACUUUUCCCUCCGGACUGUGACAGUCAAUGACGCCGGGAACUACAGCUGUGUGUACUUUCUGAUGAAGGCUCCUUUCUUGACCUCACAGCCUAGCAGUCAUCUCGAGAUCCGGGUGACAGCUCCCCCAGGGGCCGCGUCCCGGGAUUACACCUCGGGCAACCUCAUCCGACUGGGUCUGGCUGCCGUGACUGUGGUGAUUAUGGGGGCUCUCGUGGCGGAAGCCUGGUGCGGCCAGAAGGAGUCUCCACGUGCAUCCACAUAAAACAGCUGAGCGCGUCUCUUCUUUGGGCUGGUGUCGCGACACGGGGCUCUCUCAACACCAGACUCCACCAUGGGACUUCUUGUGGUUCUCAACGUAGACACAGAUGGCAUUUUGGGUGGGACAGUUCUUCAUCACAGGGGACUGUCCUGUUUGUUGUGGGAACACUUAGCACCACUUCUCAUUCCCAUUAAAGAGCAGUUGAAGCCCCAGUCAUCGUGGAAGAAGAUAGCAAACAAGUUCUAUUGUGCUUUUCCCAACACCCCUAGAUGUGG